GACACCAAAACUGAUGACGUAAUUCACAACUUUGGACCACGAUGUAUUGCACAGUUUAGUGGAAAUCAAAAAUAAGUUUCACAAUCUCUGACGGUUAUAAAUAGAGGAGAAGACGAUAACACGUUAGUUUUGUAAUGGCCGUGCGUGCUCAGUUUGAAGGAAAUAAUGAAGUAGGUGUGUUUUCUAAACUGACAAACGCCUACUGUCUAGUUGCGAUCGGGGGAUCAGAGAACUUCUACAGUGUCUUCGAAGGGGAAUUGUCUGAAGCCAUACCAGUGGUACAUUGUAGCUUAGCAGGAUGCAGAAUCAUUGGACGAAUGUGUGUAGGAAACAAAAAUGGAUUAUUAGUGCCAAGUUCAACAACAGAUCAGGAAUUACAGCACAUUCGGAACUCUUUACCAGACAGUGUGAAAAUUCAGAGAGUAGAGGAGCGAUUGUCUGCCCUUGGAAAUGUGGUCACUUGCAAUGAUUAUGUGGCUUUAGUUCACCCUGAUCUUGACAGAGAGACAGAGGAGAUAGUGACAGAUGUUCUGGGGGUGGAGGUAUUCCGUCAGACCGUGGCUGAUAACGUGCUAGUAGGCACAUACAGCACAAUCAGUAACCAAGGAGGGCUGGUCCAUCCAAAAACAUCAAUAGAAGACCUUGAAGAGUUAUCCUCUCUUUUACAAGUACCUCUUGUUGCUGGUUCUGUGAACAGAGGGAGUGACGUAAUUGGGGCUGGUAUGGUUGUCAAUGAUUGGAUAGCCUUCUGUGGACUGGACACGACCAGUACAGAGUUAUCAGUGAUAGAGAGCGUGUUUAAGCUAGGGGACAGAACUCCCAGCGCCAUCUCCACAGAAAUGAGGGAAAGCCUCAUAGAAAGCAUUGCGUAGUUGAGACUGACGACUAUUCAGGACUCUAGAGGGAUGCUGCAGCAGAUUCCUGUCCAAAACAUU